AUGACUACUGUACUUCAUCAGCCUAGUCUUACAGAAGGCUUAACUCUACUGGGAUGGAAAUUAAAACGUGAUGCUGAAAUUCAAGAACGUAAAAAUGAAGCUAAUUUUGAAUGUGAAGUUGAACCAACAUCUACAUCCUAUGCUGCAUUUGAAUAUAUGUCAACAGCCGAUGAUGACUAUGAUCCAUAUGCUGGUCUUAAUGUUGAUCUUUGUCUUGAAGUUGAUGCUAUUGAUUUAAAUAAUACAAAUCAACAAAUAAAUGAUGAUUAUGAUCCAUAUGAAGUUUUUAUGAGAAUGAAUACACGUCGAACGGUAAAUGGACGUGAACGUGCUCCACUUGCUGUAUUACCAUCACAUUCAACAACAGCAACAUCUCCAUUAGUUAAUAAUUAUCGACAUUAUAAUUUUGCUGAUGAUGAUACACCUGUUAAAUAUCCAUUAGCUAUCGGACAUAUUGAUCGACGUAUAAAACCACAAAAUAUUCGAGGUGGUUUUACAAAUCGACCAUCAUUUGACGAAGAUCGUCGGCCUUCUCGUGGUGGUAUGGUCACUCGACCAAUAAUUCCAUCAUCAUCAUCAUCAUUAUCAUCAUCCUAUCGUCAACCAUCAACAAUGAUUCCACGUCGUGGUAUUCCAUCGACAUAUACUGGUACACGUGGUAAUAUGAAUCAUCAAAUACGUCGUAAUAUUCCUCCACCACCACGUCUUUAUCCUCGUUCAGAAUAUCCUCCAAGUGCAUCAUCAAAACGUGUAACAUUUCGACAUUCAAAUGAUUUUAAUUCUGGUGAUGAUUUUGAUGAAGACGAAGAAGAUGAUGAUAGUUUAGAAGGUGAUCUUCAUCAACCAAUUCAACGUCGAAAUAAACCGCCAAGACGUACAGCUGCUCGAAUAGCUGUACAACGUUUUCGAGCAAAUCAUCUACGUUCAUCAAUUGCUGAUGAUGAUCUUGAUGAUGAUAUUGCACCAACAGUUACGGAAAUGGAUAUGUUAGAAGAUCAAGAACUUGAUGAAGAUGAAACAAAUAUACAAACAACAAGUACAAAAACAAUGUCAUCACCAGUUAAAUUACCACCACCACCUCCACCACCAACAUUACCAGUUAAACCAACAGGCGGAACAAUAAAAUCUUCUUACAUUGGAAAUAUGUUACCAAGUUUUUAUGAACAAUUACCUGAAUCAAAAAAAAUGCUUUUACAAGAUGCAACUAUUGAUUCAUCAUCAAAUAAUUCAACAGUUCAAACAAUGACAGAUGCAUCAUCUAAAAAUCAAAUUGAAGUUCUAUCACCUGGAAAAAAACAAGCUGGUCUAACAACUGAACAUAUUGAAGGUCCUGGUGGUGAAGAAAUAAUUGAUGAAGAAAAUCGUUUACAAUUUCGUAAUACAACUGUAACUCAACCAUUUAAACGAUCGACUGGUUAUCAAAAUUCCAAACGAUAUUAUGAACAAGAUGACGAUGAUAAUGAUGAUCAACAACAACAAAUGAGAAAACGUAUGCGUCCUAAUGAUGAUGAGUAUUCAUCUAUGAAUAAUAAUAAUCGACAAUUACAAUAUUCAAAACAACAACAACAACAACAGCAGCAGCAGCAACAACAACGUUAUAGAAAAUAUGAAGAUGAUGAAGAAUAUGAUAUUAAUCAAGAUACACAACAACAAGAUGAAGAAUUUCAACAAACUAUACGUGUACCUGCACGACGAGGUCGUCCACCAUCGCAACAUCAUCAACAACAACAACAACAACCACAAUCACAACAACAGCAACAACAACAACAACAACAACAAGAAGAUCCAUCAAAAAAAUAUGCUCGUAUAAUAUCUCAAUAUGAAGAACAACAUGGUUUAAAAUUCGGUGAUAUGCGUGUAUUUGCACCUAAACUUCGUUUACGUAUAUCAAGUGUUAAUGUUAAUUGGAUUAAUUUACCACCUGUACCAAAAUUACCUUAUAAAGUUCAUCAAUCGUGA